AUGAACUAUAUCUUAACAAAGCUGUCAUUUAAAAAAAGGUAGUUAUCUUAUAAAUAUAUGCUGGAAAAGCUAUAGAUGAAAUGGACGGUGUCUAGGAUUUGCUUCAAAAGAAUCCACAGGGGAUGGGAAGGGGAAAGGAAGAAAUAAGACUGGUCAUAAGUUGGUAAUUGCCGAAGCUGGGUGCUUGGAGGCUCAUCAUACUUUCUCUCUGCAGGUAUAUGUGUUUGACCCUUUUCAAAAGAGGGGAAAAAAAAAGAAGAAGAAUCCCAUGCAACAUUCUGAUUCACUCAGAAAAGAGGGGACUAUCACCUCCUUUGAUAAGUUGUUAUUUAGAGGCCCUACCCAGAGCCUGCAGAUCAGGGAGAUGAAUUAUUGAGGGGAAUCUGAGAGGCAUAGAAGCCAUGGAGUGUGGAGAGGUAGCAAGCGCAGAGGCUGGUUUGGGCCAGGGCAGCUCAGUGCCCCCAGCCCUCAUGGACAACCCCCAGGCCAGGCUGACUGUGGUGGUAGAAGUUGAGAGUGGAAGAGAAUCAGGUGAGAAGAAGGCCUUACACAUUCACUCUUGGAAGUAACGCAGCCUGGGGGAGCCUCCUGGGAGAGGGGAAGCCAAGGCCAUUUUACAGCCUUAGCUGCUGCAGAUGCUUUUUGAGGACGCUCCGCCUCUCAGGGGGUCUGAUCCUGUGCUCAGUACUCUAGGUUAGGAAACUGAGGCCAAAGUUGAGGGCAGGACUUAGGCACGGGAGUUAAUAUACAGUCCAUCCUUCUCAGGCCCUGAGGACACAUGUUGCCCCACACUGCUUCUGGAGGGGCCCCAGAGCAUCUGCCUGCUUCAGCCGGAGACUCUAGACACUCAGGAACAAUGCAUCACCUUUGACAGAGUCCUGGGCUCUGAUGCUGCUCAGGUAGGGGGUGUUGUAGGGAAACGGGAGGAGGAUGGGAAUCCUCAGGCGUCUGGAUCCUGGAGUGCUAAGGGUUUCCCAAGCCCAUUGCUCAGGCAGGCUGGGUCAGGGCACCUGUGACCGGGGGAUAUGUCUGUGUCCCCUGCAGGAGGCUGAGCAGGAGCUGCUAGCACGAGUCCAGUCCACAUUAGGCUUGGUGGCCCGAGGGUACAGUGUGUCCCUACUGCUUCGGGGUCGGGAAACAGAGACACCUCGGCUUGUACCUCAGCUGUUGCAGAUGCUGUUUGAGGAAACUCUGCCCCACAGGGGCGCUGUUCCUGGGGUUAGCACCCUUAGCCUGGUGCAGCUCAGCCCCAGUGGAAAGACUCAGGACCUGCUCUCUCCAGGGAGAGAGAACCUAUCGGUGUUAGACGUGUCCCCUUUGGGCUUGGUGGUAGAAAAUGCCAGUGAGGUGGAGGUGUCCGACUCAAGAACUGCCUCAGAGCUGUACUUACAAGCUGCAGGGGAUGAAGGCAGGGCCUGCUCUCUGCUCACUGUCACCAUGUCCUGCCCAGGGCCUGACCCUCCUGAGGGGCCUGGGACCCGGGGUAUGUGGCGAGGGGCCUUGAGGAUCCUGCAGCUCCCCAGAGACCUAGAUUGCCCCCUGCUGCAGGUGUUGGCUGGUAAGGUUAUUGGUGAGGAGGUAGAGGGCUCUCUGCCCUGGAUCGUGUCAUGGCUCCUGGAAGGAAACAACUACACUGGUCUUCUUCUUCGCCUGGACCCUCAAGGUGGCUCCCUGAGCUUACUCAGAGCUGCUCUGUUGGGGGCCUCGGGAAGGAGGAUGCAGGUGAAACAGGUGAGGCCCACCCAGUGGGAUGCAGUAGAAGAGGCACGUGCCCGCCGGGCAAACCUGAAGAGCCUGCGUUCAGGCCUCCUUGGAGACACCCUCACAGAAAGUGGGCUCAGCCAGCUGGGCAGGGCACUGCGAGAGUUGCGGGUGGUAAAAGCCUGCAGCCAGUGCCCAGGAAGCCAGAUGCUCAAAGGGGUCAAAGCUGAGGCUGUGGGACUCCCAGAACUACAGCAGGUGAUAGAUUCAACAGCAAGCCACAGCCCAGGCUUCCAGGGAGAGCCGAAAGUAGGAGUAACAGCAUCUCUAGGACCUGGGCUCCACCAAAAGCAUCCUCCUAGGGACUCUGAGGAACAGGCCUGGCACGCCCCAGAUGUGGCCCUGCAGUUCUUCUUGGCCCAGGCACAGAGGAAGAGACUUCAAGAACAGCACCAGAUACGGAUCCAAGAGGAACUGAAGCAUUUGGAACAGGAGGAGGAAGAGGUGGAAGGUGACCAAGUCAAAGGCCUGGUGGCUGGAAAGGAGGCCUUCGAGAGGCAGAGAUGGCAGCGGGAGCAGACACUAUGGAGACUCCAGCUGGAGGCCCUUCAGGCAGAGCGGGACACUGCAGAGCAGGACCUCAUGGCCCUCUAUGACGUGCACGUGCAGGCUGCCCGGGCUCGGACAUGCCAUACACUGCAGGUAUUUCGAGCCUGGCGAGAGCUGUGGGAGGAGCAGACCAUGACCACAGAGCAUCACCACCGCAGCCUGCUGGCUGGUAUCCUGCAAGACACGCUCCAACUGGCCACACAGAACCAGGAGCUUCAAGCCCAGAACCAGCAGCUUCAGCAGGGUAUAGGCUAGGCUGGGGCCAGUCGUGCUGGAUGGCUGCCCUGGGAAGCAGUCUGGUGAUCAGUAGUCUUUCAGGGGCAGCUUCUUCUCUCUUCAUUCUUCACUGUCCCAGAAGGGAGAGGGAGCUGGGAUAACUACGCUAACCUUCACUAUGGAUAAUGAACGAUACCACUAACCAGGUCUCAUUGUGUCAGUCCCUGCUAGGUACCUGAUAUCCACCUCUUCAUUUUAGCCUUUUUCACUACCCUAUGUAGUAGGUGCCACUUGACCCCCAUUUCAGAGGUAAGGCAACUAAAGCUAGGAGAGGUUAAGUAACUGCCCAAGGACAAGUCCGCUAAGUCACAGAGCCAGAAUUCAAAUUCAAGCCUGUUAGAACUAUAGUUCUACACUGCACAUGUGGUGGUUCACAAACUGAAGUGUGCAGCAGAAUCACUUAGCUUAUUAAAGAAAAAAGAUUCCCAAACCCUACUCUCCCAGAUUCUUCAGUAGGUCUGCAGUGUGUGUGUGCGUGUGUGUGUGUGUAAGCUUACUAGGUAUGCUCCCAUGGGAGCAGGGCCUGAUGUUCCUCUGGCCAUGAGAAGAGAUGGCAGGAAGGAGUAUCAGUGAGGGAACCAGAGGAAAUAAGAAUCAAAACCAUAUUGAAUCCAUGAGUUCUCUAGCCUAAAACUUGGUUUGUCCUGCCAGGUCCAGCCAGGACCUUCUAUUCCCAAGAGUCCCUCCAAAUUCUCCAGGGCCCAGGUUUUGUGCUUUAGAGAAAUUUGAAAAGUUGUGACAGAACAGUCUCCACUCCAUGGAGCCCUCAAAGGAAAUAAUGCUCCUAGCA